AUGCGGCUGGGCAUCGUUCGUUCAAUAGCGCUUAGCCUCGCUGGUCUGGGGACCGCUGGCGCGAGUGUUUGCAAACCUCGAUCUAUGUCCUCGGAUGUCUCAACUAUCGCAUCAACGACUUUGAUAGCAUUGGAGACAACAAGCUCUGGUUUCGCUUUAGAGUCUUCGACGAUCAGCUCAACUAUUGUUUCAGAAGUCUUGACUGAAGGUGGCACGAGUACUACCGACGCAGCCAGUGAAUCAACCUCAACAAUCGAAGCAACUACCAUUGUCGUAUCCGCUUCUACUGAAGCGACUUCCACGGCAGAGUCAAUCAUUGCCACUCAGGCCACGAUUUCCACCGAGACUGGAGUCACCGACACGACCACGGCCCCAAUAUCCAUCGAGACCACCGCGACAACGGAAGCCACAACAGCAACUACCACAGCAGAACACUCAGUCAUCACCGAUUUCCGACUCAAAGGCUCGCGAGGCUCAGUCGAAGGCGCAUUCAUCUAUUCCGAUCAUGUCAAGGGCAACAACCUAGUUUUCUCUGGAAACAAUCCAGCCUACUCCCCAGCUAUCUUCAGUAUCGAAGCACUGACUGGCCGCCUUUUGAUUGACAACUCACUGUAUGUCUGUGCGCUCUUCAGACCAGGUCAAGACAUUGCCUCACUCGGUACCUGUAACGAGAUUCCGGAAUCGUCAGAGGUUGAUGUUAUUUGUACGCCACCCGCCAAAAAUGGAGAUACCUUGAGCUGCAGUGUGCCAGGCUUGUCUUGUGCUUCGUCUUCCAUGUGUACAUCCACUGGAGAGAUACUUACCGAUACAUCUACGGACUUUAAUUAUAAUGUUAACGAGAAUGUUGCUGUCAUCGGACAGAUCGCCAAUGGAAUUAGUUUUGUAGUCCAUGCCUUGUAG